UCGCGGCCGGAACUGAAGUUGCUGCCGGCGGAAGGAUAUUCCCGAAACUUCCGGUUUAGCAUUGUUGUUGGCGGGACGCGGGAACUACAAACGGACUAUUGGAGUACUCCACGCGUGGACCAUCGUUAAAUGACAGCGGCAGCCAGUAAUGUACAAAACAGAGAAAACAACCGGAGAAAAAAAACGUCCUCCGCCCGUUAAGGUCCUCUCGGGUCAGCUGAGGACAGCAGAGAGCCGGGGGGCAGUUGACAGCGGGGAUGGGUGUGUCAUCAGGCUGGGCAGGGGUCGAUCACUGCCGGUGUCACUGGUGUGGAUGCAGGGGACUGUCCUGGAAGUCCAGCUGGACCGGAACACCGUGCUGCUGAUGGAUGAGACGGGGACCUUUGCUGUCCAGGGCGUUAACAACAUCCCCAAAGGGAAACCAUGUUUGUCCCAAGGCAAAUAUGUCAUGGUGAUGGGUGUCAUCCAGGCCACAUCCCCGGAGCCAGUCAUCCGCGCAGUGAAAAUGGCAGACCUCUCUGAGCUCGCCGCACUUCACAGGCGGAUGUGGAAGCUGGAGGUGGAGGACCUGCAGCAGGUGCUGGUCUGAAUACAGAGAGCUGUUGGUGGAAACGCUGCCUCGCUGGUGGCAGGACGACCUGCUCCUGUCACAUAUGUCCUGCUGGGUAGGCAGUACUCAAGUGAUUCAUGACAACUGAGAAACUACCUCACAGGACUGAACAGCAUAUUCUCCUGAAUGUCAGCCUCCUAACUAGGAGGUACGACGCAAGAGCGAUGAAGACUUUGACAUGUUUGUAAAUAUUUACACUGUAAAAUACGAACCGUAACAGACUUUUCCACUGGCCCCUACUCCAAGGAGUCCUUCAGAGACACUCCUGGAGCUGACACACACAAGUUGUUCAGUAGCUGUGGGAAAUAUCUACUGAGGUUUGCAGACAAGAAAAACAUAGAUGUUUGGAUGCAUUAAGUGUAAAUAAUAAAGUAAUAAAUAAAGAUUCAGUUUACA